UUCACCACUGAUUAUCUUGACUGGAAAGAAAAUGGGCCAAACUAUGGAGGAAGAAAAAGGUCUUCCACAUGAUUCUGACGAAGAAGAGAGCUCUGAAGAAAGCGAAGAUGAUCAAUUUUUUGAUAACAGCAAAGUUGACUGGCGUGUCAAAGGCAAUCUUUUGAGAGGAAAAGACUUUCCCAUUUCCCAAGAUGGCAAUUGCCCAAGAUGUCAAAGCAACAUACUUGUUUUUGUUAUCUUAGAUGAGUUGUUUCCUAUGGGUGACAUGCCGGAUAUUUUUUAUCAUUUAUUGAGAAAAGGAAAGGCAGUUUUAUGGUCAAGUCAAGACAAUAACUUGUGGAAAAAGGCACCCACUUUUAUGUGUCGAGGCUCUUGUCCAUUAGAUCCAUUGGCUGCUGGAUUUAAUAUUAAUUGGGACAUUGUUAAUUUGACUAAACUUCUUAAAGGCUUACUAAAAUUGAAUUUUGCAAAAGCACGGAAAAAACUUCAAGAAAAUGGCACUAAAGAUGAAAAUGGAGUUACAAAGUCAGGAUCUCUUAAAGACAUGGAAGAAAAGCCAAAAAAUGAAACCAAGUUUGCAGAGGGGAAAGAAACAAAGCAAACCAUUAAGGAACAGCUUUCGAAAACUGAUACAAAAUCUUUGGUCAGCAUCGUGACAACGUCCUCAAGUACCAUCAAAAUCACUUCAGCAACAUCAUCUACUUUAGCUGCAACCAGUUAUCCAAUUUCAAAAGAUGGUUCCUGCCCACAUUGCGGGUCAAAUGCUGUGCGAUACAUCAUCUUGGUGAAGGACUCUGCUAAAGAUGCAAAACUACCACCAACGUUGGAAAAACUGCUGCAGCUACAAAAAGCUUUCAAAAUGGCUAAAGGCGCCAACGAUCCACCUUCAUUUCAAUGUUGCUCGUGUUUGUAUGGAUUCAACUUAGAUUGGUCCAAAACAAAUCUCAAAAAGAUCUUUAACCUUGAAGAGAGUACACAAUCAAACACAUAUGUGCAAAGUACAACUGCUGGAGUUGUGCAAACAGCGCAGUCGCAGUAUCCAUCUUACCCCGCAUCAAACUAUGUCCCGUAUAGUCCAACUGUACCAUCUGCCAUAGCUUACCCCUCAUCCUAUGGCUAUCCCUCUGUGAUGCCAGCACACCCUGCAGUGAGUGGUAUCAUACACCAACCUUACGUUACUCAAUAUCAAGGAUUACAACAACCUUAUCAAGCGGGAAUGCCACCCCUUGCUUAUGGACAACCCGUUGGACCAAUGAUCGGUCCACAAAAUCAAUUUGGACAUCAGUACGGUGACGUUUACGGUGGAAGACCUCGUCUUCGUGUUCCCACUUACGGUCAACGUGGGACAGGUGGAGGAAAAUGGAAAAGUGACACAAACGAACAUGGACAGACCGUGGGAGAAGGUGACUGGCAUACAAGUGUGGAUGAUUAUAAUUCUGAGACAGCGUCUAAAUUUGAAAAGUUAUUGGAUAAGAUAGACGUUAACGACGAUGAAAAACCGCCCGGUGAAGAUACUCAAGCAGAGUUCGAAAUCGUGCGGUUACCUUCCAAAGACAAACCUAAGGAUGACAAAGAUAGUAAUGCCACUGUAGACUUGAGUACCACCAAAGAAAUCUUGCAGGAUGACAAAGAUAGUAAUGCCACUGUAGACUUGAGUACCAGCAAAGAAAUCUUGCAGGAUGACAAAGAUAGUAAUGCCACUGUAGACUUGAGUACCAGCAAAGAAAUCUUGCAGGAUGACAAAGAUAGUAAUGCCACUGUAGACUUGAGUACCACCAAAGAAAUCUUGCAGGAUGACAAAGAUAGUAAUGCCACUGUAGACUUGAGUACCACCAGAGAAAUUUUGCAUUGCGAAACUAAAAAACUCAAUGGAGACCUAAUUCGAAAUGCCGAAGUUUUUGAUAACACUCAAUCCACUACCGUUUUAUCUUCGUCUACGAAACCCAUUGAAAGCUCUGAAGCUGGCAAAAUUUCUCAAGACGUUUCUCAGAAUGACAACGAGAGAAGUGUCGCGUCCAAUGAAAUUCGUCAUUUGCUCCAAGAAACGACAGACAAGAUCGAUUACUCGUCCAAAGACUUAGCAGUUUCCAAGAAUGAGAACGACAAACUUUUGGCGCCCCAUGGUCCUGUUCAUUCAUCAGGAGUGACGGCUGAUAAAACUUUUAAAGGUGUUGAUGUUUCUCGGAAUGAGAACGAGACAAGUCUGAUUAUGACUAAUGAACUUUCUCAUUUGCCCGAAGAUACAACGGACAAUGAGAAGAGACAUUUUAGCAUUUCUGAGAAUGAAUACGAGACACGUCUGACUCUGGGGUUCCAUGAAUCUGUUCAAUUACCAGAGGAGACGAAGAAAAAUACCACAGCCGAUAAAAUUGCUGAAAAUGUCGACGUUUCUCACGAGAAUGAGAUAUGUCAAAUGUCCAAUAAACUUUCUCAAAUGCCUAAAGAAACGAAGUGCAAUGACGAGGCAAACGAAACUCAUGAGGAUUUUGACGUUUCUAACACAACAGAGCAAUGCACUGCUCAAUCUCGACCAAAAUCAUCUCGAGGCAGAAAGCGAGCAAGCACUGGUGUAAGUCGUAAAAGGUUACCACGAAAUGCCAAGGCAAAGAAAAUAGAUGAUAAUGUUGAAGAUGCUCCUUUUAAUAAUGAUGAAUCCAUAAAUAAUAAUGGCAGGAAGGAAGGAAAAAGUGCGGAAGAAACAUCAGAGAGUAAACCUGUCAUCAACGACAUAAUCAAAGAUAAUAUUGAGGAUGAUAGUGGAUCAAAAAGAGUAACUCGUGCUCGAACACUCCGACUAAAAAAAUAAACUGAGUUCACAUUGAAAAUAGUUGUAAAUCAUGAAAAGAAAGAUGUUAGGUCGUCCGAGAAAGAUGUUAGGUUGUCCGAGAACGAUGUGUCAUCAAUUUAAGCUAUAAUUUGUAAGGCACUAACUUUAAGGGAAAACUAAACAAUAUUUUUAAAGUUUGUUCAAUACAUUAUGUUAACUUGUUAA